AGUUUAUGUAGAUAGGCUGUGGCAAUUGAAUAUUAAUAUAUUUCUGAGUCAUGUUUUUGUGGCCAAGCAAAUGACUGAAUACAGAAAGAGGCAGGAUUGACGCUUAUAGAUACUCUAAAACUUACUAAAGAUUGGCUGUGUAAAACAAUUUAAAUGAUGCGUUGGGCAGAGUAUAUCAAGGAUCAACAGUUCAGCGGAUAAGAAGACUAUACACAGCUAUCAAGAACUUCCAGUCAUAUAUGAAGAGGAUAAUUAUUCAAUUGAUUCUCCUAAUAUCUUUUAUUUUGUCGACGAAGAAUUUACUAAAUCAAAACCACACAAUUUGAAAGAAGCAACUCGAGCAACGUUGACUUCAACUGUUGAAUUAUUGCUAACCACGAUGUAUAAUACGACAAUGAGUUUGGAAACAUCAUCGGGAAAUUCAACGCUUUUUGACAAUGUUGGUGAGGAACAUGGUCCAGAUAUCAUUGUGGUCGUUCUCUUGUUGAUCGUAUUUAUAAUCGGAAUCAUCGGAAAUUUUUUGGCAAUAUUGGUUAUCGUUGUGUUGGCGGAAUAUAAAAAAGUCCUCACUCACUGGUACGUUCUUCAGCUCGCAAUUGCUGACACAAUAUUUCUUCUGACGAUACCAUUCCGAGUUGCUCACAAUCUGAACACAGACUGGAGAUUUCCUAAUUGGAUAUGUAAAGCUACGGAAACGAUGUUUUACCUGAAUUAUUAUUCUUCGGUCUCUUUUCUUGUAAUAAUGAGUAUUGAUCGAUACAUCGCUAUUUGUCAUCGAUUCUCAGUUAGAUUGAACAAGUUACGAACAAAAUGUGCAACUCAUUUGAUAACUUCGACAGUCUGGAUAUUAAGUAUAUUAAUUUGCAUCCCUGUAAUGUUAUAUACAAACCCAACCGGAACACUUCCAAACUGCAGAUGCGAGUUCAUGGCAGUUGAUGCUAAUAUAGAAGAAGAAAUGUGUGCGCGUAGAUUUAUUCAACAACCUAUUGAAUUCAAAGAAUGUGUUGAAGAACAGAACUUAUUGUUCCACAAAGCUUGUUUAACAACACAGGAAGAAAUUAAGCACAAUCACUCGGCUAUGAAUUUCACGACACCAAAUCCAGCAUGUCAUUAUCGUGAUCGACCUCCUUCAUUUAGAGCUUUUAUUUUCCUCAACUUCAUAGUCUUCUUCAUCAUUCCUGUAAUUAUAAUGUCAGUGUGUUACAGUCUGAUUGCGGUUCGUAUGAGGACGAGUCGGAUUAAAAGUACAUAUUCAAGUACAAGGAGUAAAGAGUCAAUUCCGAAUCCUGUUUGUCGACAAAAACGAUCAAAAUCAAUCGUUAGUGUGAGAGAUAGCAAAAACCGAAACCGUGUGACUACAAUGUGUGUUUCAUUGGUUCUUUUGUUUCUUGUUUGUUGGUUUCCGUUUCACGCAGUCCACAUGGCAAGAAUGAAUGGAAUUAAUGGAGGAACAGAACAAUAUUGCCAGAAUUUAUUUGACGUGGCUCUGUUGAUAGCAUACUUUUCUGUUAGUUCUCAUUCGGCAUUAAAUCCGUGUUUGUAUAAUUUCAUUGGAGCAAGAACAAAAAACAGAUUGAGUUCUGCUGCAUCUUCAGUUAGGAAAUCAGUGAGACAGCGAUCAACCAGAUCAAGAUCAAGUUUUUCAGCGUCAUGUACUUAUCAUAACUCGAAUCGAACCAGAAUAAGCGCAGAUACCAACAUAUGUGACAACAAUGGAGGACGUAUCGAACAACAAGUUGUGAACGACUUGACGGAUUCAAGAAAAGAGUUGCCCGCAUCUACAGACAUUGCAAACAGCCACGGUUCACAGUCAGUUUAAAACAGCAAUAAUGCAUAUUCAAACAGAAAAUCUUAAACUUUAUUCCAUUCACUGCUAUUAAACGUAUACUCUUUCUUCUUUUUUUAAAUCAGAGUGGUUCAUAGUGCACCAAAGGGAGAAUAUUAAUUCACGGACGGCUACCAUAAUCGUACAACAAUACAAAUAUAAAUUAUCUUGAACAGACACUAAAGAUAACAAGACAGCAAUGAUCAAAUGUGUAGAUACUAAGUCGUUUAACUACUUCAAAGAUCCUAACUUAACCUUGAAAUGGCCCUAUUUUCGCCCUCGUUUUACAUACAACUAUUGUUUUUGUUUUAUUUAAAUAUCGGAACAAUAUUGGAAUCAGCGAAGUGUUCAGCAAAACAUUCCAUAGGUCUAAAUAUUGUUCAAUAAUAUUCAUAAUCUAUAAUUCAAAAAUAUUAAUUGACACU